AAAUGGCCGAUAAAUCCGAAUUUCGGGAAUCAGUAAAACAAAAGCCUUCGAAGUCCUCUAAACUAUUCGUGGUUGCUAUAGACUUCGGAACUGCUUUCUCUGGCUAUGCUUACUCAUCAAAGGCAGAAUGGACUAAGGUUUACGCAAACAAGUGGUCAGGAGGAGAGCAAAUAUCCUAUAAAGCCCCCAGUGCACUUCUUCUUAACCCAGAUGAAUCGUUUAAUUCUUUUGGAUUUGACGCUGUGAAUAAUUAUGCUUCUCUUGUUGCUGAUGAAGAUUGUCAGGACUAUUUUUUUUUUCAUCGCUUCAAGAUGAUACUGAAGACAAGCCUAGAGGAGAGGGUUCACAGGAAAACACAAUGCGUCGCUGAGAAUGGCAAGUCUGUAGAUGCAAUGAAGGUCUUCACUUUGUCUAUAAAUUAUAUGAAGGACCACUUAUUUACAUUCCUUCAAGAUAAAGUAAUUAAUUUGUCUAUGGAGGACAUCGAUUUUGUCAUCACGGUCCCUGCAAUUUGGGAUGAUACAGCCAAGAUGUUCAUGCGAGAGGCGGCAGAAAGUGUUGGUAUUAAAAGAGAUCGUUUGAAAAUAGCAUUAGAACCUGAAGCUGCCUCUAUCUAUUGUCAAUUAAUGCAUUUGGAAUCCUCCGACAACAGCAGGUUCUUCUUGGCAGGGAAAGAAGUUGAUGCAAAGUAUAUGGUACUUGAUCUCGGAGGUGGAACAGCAGAUAUCACUGUUCAUCAGCUGAAGAAGGAUGGAACUUUAGCAGAGCUGGUGCCAGCAAGUGGAGGUGCCUGGGGUGGAACAUGUGUAGAUCAAGCAUUCCAAGAUUUUCUUGUAGAGUUGCUUGGCGAAGAUGUCAUGAGGAUAUUCAAAAUGGAUCCGGAAUACGUUGAAGAUUAUUUUGAUUUUUGGCAAACUUUUGAAAUCAAAAAACGAAGUUUUGAAACAAGCAAAAAAGAAACAUUUCUUCUUCGUCUUCCUGUUGGACUUGCAGAUAUUGUGGCAGAUAAAAUGAACAAGAAAGGCAAUAUAACCAAUAAAAGCAAACAGGAAAUGACAUCAGAUAUCAUUAUGCAAGAAGUCAUAAGAAAUUCCAGAUUUAAAGACGAACUGAAUUUUGAACACGGAAAACUUCAGAUGAAAUACGCCUUCUUCAAACAAAUGUUUGACCCUACUGUAAAAUUACUAACCGACCAUUUAUCUAAACUUAACAAAGAUAUUGGAGAGGAUUUAAAAGUGAUUCUCAUGGUAGGGGGAUUUUCCGAGUGUAGCAUUGUCCAAGAAGCUGUCAGAGAGGUCUUUCGAGACAAAUGUAGAGUUGUGAUUCCGAAUCAAGCCGGUCUUGCUGUCCUGAAAGGAGCUGUCUAUUUUGGACACCAACCAUAUCUUAUCUCGGAACGUGUCGCGAGGUAUACUUAUGGAAUUCAAACUUGGCCGAAAUUUGAUAAAGCAGUGCAUAAGACAUCAAAGUUUGUCAUGAUGGAAGAGGAAGAAAGAUGCAGAGAUGUGUUCUUCCGAUUUAUUGCGAAGGGAGAAAGGAUUAAACCUGGAGACAAGAAAUCGUACAUAUUUAACGCACUAAAACCAGGAGAAAGGGCGCUAGAAUGUGGCGUAUUCAUUUCAACUGAGGAGGACCCUCAAUAUGUUGAUGAAAAGGGUUGUGUUAAGCUAGGGGUUCUGGAGGUUCCAUUACAGAGUGUUAGACUUGAUGGGAAAUUAGAAAUAGAAGAAUCUUUGAUAUUUGGUCACACAGAAUUACAAGUAACAGCUUGCAAUUGUCACAACAAGAAAGAAUAUAAAGUUACUUUUGAUUUGCUUUCUCCUGAAAUCAAUUUCCCCGAUAAAUAAGCGCGUUUUCUAUGUCCUACAUGUAAAUGCCAGAUAUGUUCUACUAUUCAACUCUUAUCUAUGACUCAUGGUCUGAAUUCCACAUCAUAAAAUGUGCUUCAGUUUGAGGGCAAUUGAGACCUCUGCCAAAAUUAUUAUUCGAACAUGAAAUUAGUGGCAAAGAAGCCUAUUAACUGAUUUGGUAGAACCUUCAUUUCUAUUUCAGUAAUUAUUAGGAUAAGUAACACUUUAAAUGACCAAAUUAGGUGUGUUUGCCAUGUUAGUCAAUUUUAUUUAAUUAACACAUGAAAAUGACGGUUAUCAAAGUGGUGUUCUUAAUCGUUACAUGUAUACACGUGCAUUAAAAGUGUAAUAGAACAGGAAUACCCCUACCCACACCUCAAAUGUAACCCCAGUCUUUCAACUUUUGUUGUCAUCUGAAGUCUCUCAGAUGACCUGUUGCAAUCUGUUUUCAUCUGUCGUCGUGUGUCGUUCGUAAAUUUUUGAACAUUUUCAGCUUCUCACAAACCACUAAACCAAAUUUAACUAAUUUUUGUACAUAACAUC